AUGUGAUCGUACUUCCUGCAUAGCUUCCUCCUCAAACGACCGGUUCCCUUUAACGGGAUAUCGCCAGUAUGAUAUCCAGUAGGGCUGUCAUGGGCUUCGAGUGGUCCUUCAUGUCCCUCGCCUACAUAACAGUCGCCUGUCGCAUUUAUGUCCGCGUGGUCAUGAGAAAGGCACGCUUGUUUUCAGCCGACUAUUGGCUCAUCGCUGGUUUGUUGUGCUGUCAGGGCCUGCUCAUCUGCGACACGAUUACCUACUCCAUGGAUGCGAUGGAUAAUUUCACAAUAGAUAAUGUCGCUAUCAGAAAGAUUCGAUUCGCAACAAAUCAUUUCUUCGACACAGGCAUAUACUUUCCGAAAUUCAGCAUCAUCGCCUUCUAUUUCAACCUCGUGCCAAUUACGCAGCCAAAAAUGCGCAUUGCACUCUAUUGUCUAGCCGGCGUCACGGCAUCCUUCGCGGUCAUUACUUUCUUCUGUGAUUGGUUUUGGUGCGGGCCCAAUCCUUCAGUCAACUGGGCAAAAGGAGAGCAAGAAUGCACAUCCUUCACAUCCAUGACUCUUAUGCGGCUUCUGUGGUCUAUGAACUUUGUAUCCGAGGUCCUGAAUGUUGCAUACCCAAUCCCCCUGCUGGCAACCCUUAAAAUGACAUCGACGCGUAAGAAGAUUGGAUUAGCUGUUGUUUUUAGUCUGGGGGUCGUCACCAUUGCUGUCAGCGUUGGAAGAUUUAUAACCAUGGUACAUGUUGAUAAUGCCAUUUCUAUAUACAUCUGGGCAACUGCCGAGAUCUGUAUCUCGGUCAUAGUCGUCGCUCUUACAGCGGUCCGGCCCCUCCUUCGAAAGCUCACGAACCUGAAGUCUGCAACUUUCCUCACAAGCGAGGACCAAUCAGGCGUCCAAGCAAUACCAUCGAAUCGUUCCCGGAAACCAGGAACCUUGACUGGAGGAUCAGGGGUCUACUGGCAGGGAACGGGAAAGAAUCGUCAGGGGCUUGCCGAGAUCAUGGGCCCAGAGAGUUUAGCUGGCAGUGAAAUGGAGCUGAACAACAUGAAUGGGAUAACACUGGCGCAGGAUAUUAUAGCCUCAAGGGAGACCAGCAUUCACAGUAUACCUGGCCAGCCAGAGUAUACGAUCAAGGAUUGAAAGUAAGCUCUGCGAUGGACUGAUAGAACGAUAGAGUAAUGGACAUUAGAACUUAGACAACAACUUGUGAAAUCUCAUUGAUAUUGUUCAUCAGCUUUCCAGAG